CAUAUAUAUAAAAUACUGGGAAGCACUCAUUUUAGUUGUUUACAAAUAUUUCUAGAUGAUUGGUUCUUGAAGAAAUAGAGUAAGAGUAAAUAUUUUAUUGUACUAAUGGAGCCUGGGGUAAUCAAAAAGUUGGAUAAAGUUGUCGUUAACCGAAUCGCUGCAGGAGAAAUCAUACAAAAGCCUGCAAAUGCGCUUAAAGAACUAAUCGAAAAUAGCUUGGACGCAAAAGCGACACAGAUUCAAGUGACCGUCAAAUCUGGGGGUCUGAAACUAUUACAGAUACAAGACAAUGGUACCGGUAUACGGCGGGAGGAUCUUCCGAUAGUUUGUGAACGCUUUACAACAUCUAAAUUAACAAAAUUUGAAGAUCUGAGCAAUAUAGGAACUUUCGGGUUUCGUGGUGAAGCUCUGGCUAGUAUAAGCCAUGUAGCUCAUUUAAGUAUACAAACUAAAACAGCAAAUGAAUCGUGCGGAUACAAAGCUUCUUAUGAAGAUGGAAUGAUGAAAGGCACCCCAAAAGCUAGUGCCGGAAAUCAAGGAACUAUUAUUACGGUGGAAGAUCUCUUUUAUAAUAUGCCACAAAGGCGGCAGUGUUUGAAAUCGCCAGCUGAGGAAAUGCAAAAAAUUUGUGAUGUUAUCUCUAAAUAUGCUGUACACAAUUCAAGCGUUGCUUUUACACUCAAAAAAUAUGGUGAACCCCCAAUAUUGCGCACAACUGGCCGUCGUACACGCGAUUGCAAUAUCGCUGAUAUAUAUGGAACACAAAUUGGUCGUUCUUUAUUGCCUGUUGAAUUGGAGGACGAUGUUCAUAAGUUUAAAUUCACAGCGUUGGUAACGAAUGUAGACUAUUCAGAAAAAAGAGGAAUAAUGUUACUAUUCAUCAAUCAUCGACUGGUAGAUUCAAGUGCUUUAAAAGCGGCCGUAGAUAGUGUCUACAGUACUUACCUUCCGAAAGGAAUGCAUCCUUUUACAUAUGUAAGCCUCGAAAUAACACCAACACAUGUAGAUGUUAAUGUUCAUCCAACAAAACACGAAGUUCAUUUUCUAUACGAGGAUGAAAUUAUAGAUAAAAUUAAGCGUCGAAUAGAACUGAAGCUUUUGGGUAGCAAUACAUCGCGUACUUUUUAUAAACAAUUGCGAUUACCGGGUAUAUCCAAUCCAGAUAUGGAGAAUAAUGAAAAUGAAGCGUCUCUAAAAAAUUUGGAUAAGGAACGUUUGGAUAAAGAUCGUGUUCGAACCGAUUCUAAAGAACAAAAAUUGGACAAGUUUCUUUUACAAAAACCCAUUCCUAAUCAAGAUGUCAACAGUUCAAAUUCAACUUCUUUCACUCAUAUUGAAGAUGAGAGCUUUAAAAUAAACACAUCGCGAAAGUCCGAUGUGCUGCUUACAAGUAUAAAACAAAUGCAGGAACAUGUGGAACGUAGAGUUAAUGUCAUGUUACGAAAAAUAUUGAAGGACCUUGUGUUUGUUGGAAUAGUGAACCAAACAUAUGCUUUAUUUCAAUAUGACACUAAACUAUAUUUGUGCAACACGUCCAAAUUUUGUGAGGAACUUUUUUAUCAGCGCUUGAUAUUUGAGUUUCAAAAUCUUCCUCACAUUCAAUUGGAGACACCUCUUAAUAUUAGGGAGCUUGUACGAAUAGCAUUGGAGUGCGACGAAGCUGGAUGGUCGCCAGAGGAUGGUGAUAAAAUGGAACUCGCUGAUAGUGCAUGUAAAAUACUUAUCGAAAAAGCUCCCAUAAUGCGUGAAUAUUUCUCAUUAAGAAUUAAUGAGGAAGGUCUAUUAGAAGCAUUACCCUCCAUUUUACCUCAACAUUAUCCCUGCAGCACACAUUUGCCGAUGUAUAUAUUGCGCCUGGCUACAGAAGUGGAUUGGGAAUCGGAAGUAGAAUGUUUUGAAACUUUUUGUCGAGAAACCGCUCAAUUUUAUGCAUUAACGAGUGUAUUAGAAAUAGAAUCAAUGCCACAGCGGCACAAUUGGCUUGUAGAACAUGUCUUAUACCCAUCAUUUAAGCGGUACUUGCUCCCACCGAAUCAUUUGAAGCAACAAUUGUUCGAACUGACCAAUUUGUCACAACUAUAUAAAGUAUUUGAACGAUGUUAG